AUGUCUCUCAGCAUUGCGUCUUCUCCGCAAGCAGCGAUCCCUUUCGGGCUCUCGUCUCGAGUAGGCGGCCGUGGAACUGGCCGAUGCGCCUGGCCAUCAUCUCCAGAUGAUCCGAGUUCAGGCGCCACGAGUAGCUCGAAUGGACGAUUUCAUCCUGGCACUCGAACAUGGACACGUCCAAUCGCUGCUUCGGGCAGAGGCGCAUGUGGUAAUGCGUGCAAAGUCUGCACCAAAUCGCGACUCGAGUCGUCGACGCACAGCGGCCAGAUACUGCGGUGGAGAG